AUUUCCCACCCUGCAUGUAUUUCACAGGGUUUUUUUAUUCACUUCUAUGGUUCAGGGAACUUGCUGAUUUUGACUGCCAUGGCAUAUGACAGAUAUAUUGCUAUAUGUUGUCCUUUGAGAUAUAAUACCAUUAUGAGUCAAAAUAAUUUAAUUAAAAUUAUUACUGUGAUAUGGUUGCUUAAUUUCUCAAUCAUGUUUACAUUAUUUGCAUUGGUUGCACGGUUUAAGGUCUGUAGGACAAAUAUAGUGGAUUUGUCCUGCAACAAUCCAACAUUAUUGAAACUGAUCUGUGAGGACACCAGAGUGAACAACUACUAUGGGAUAGUGAGUAUGAUUGUGAUUAUGGUAAUACCACUGGUAGUGAUAUUAUUCACAUAUGCACAGAUCUUGCGCACAUGUGUUAUGACUAAUCAUACGGAUGCUCGGAGGAAAGCCAUUCAGACCUGUGGUACACAUUUGAUUGUUUUCUUAAUCUUACAAAUCAAUACUGCCUGUACACUGAUUUCUCAUCGCAUUGAAGGUACAUCCCCAUACAUAAGAAGGGCUCUCGGUGUAUCAGUUUUAAUAUUUCCCCCUUUUUUGGACCCUAUUAUAUAUGGACUGAAAACUGCAGAACUGAGGCAGAGCAUAUUAAUAUUCCUGAAAAGACAUCUUUGUUCAACCAAAUAA